UAAAAACCUCAGCUCAAUCUUUACAAGUUUUAGUAUUCAGUGCGGAAUGUGCUGUAUGCAAUGGUGUUAAUCCAUACAUAUAACUGACAGCUCAAUUGAAUUUGGUCCUUUCAUCUUUGGAAAUGAACAAAAGAAUCUCAUAUUAUCACUGUCAUUUUUUUUUUCAUAUAAAAAAUUUUGCUUGUUUGCUUGCUUGGCUGCGAUUUGCACAUGUUGCCUGAAAGUGCCAAAGAAAAGUUUUUUUUAUAGUAUUAAGCCUUGAACAAAACAUACCUAUAUGCCAAAAAUAUUGGUGAAAGUAAAGCAGUUUCUUGAGAAGUUGAGAAUGUGAUCUUAAUUCCAGGGCACUGCAAUAAUUAAAAUUAUUACACAAUUAAGGAAUUGCUUGUCAUUAACACUGUAAAUGCUUUUUUAUUCAUCAACACAUGGAAGUACAAGAUGGCUGUGAGCAGUUCCAAUGACCAACUCAGCAACUCUUGGCUCACCCAGAUCGCCAUACUUGUAUAGGAAGGAUUGCUGGGCUUCACAAUGUUGGCUGAAAGUUGCUGCAUGCUAACUAGACCUCAAGAUGGUUUCCACAAGAGGCAUUAAAUCCAGAUUUUGUGAAGGCGAGCGUGUGCUCUGUUAUGAGCCAGAUCCAACUAAAGCCAAAGUGCUCUAUGAGUCAAAAGUUUUACAAACAGUUUACAAGCAAGAUAACCGGGGCAAGAAACAAAUUGAAUAUCUCAUCCAUUUCCAGGGCUGGAAUGCAUCUUGGGACCGAUGUGUUGACGAAGAUCUUGUGCUCAAAGAUACUGAGGAAAACAGAGAGUUGCAGAGGCGUCUGAUGGAAGAAGCCCAAAUCAAGUUGAAAGAGAAGAAGAAAAAGCGACGACUUUCUGACACUAUCCGUGAGAUUGUACAGGAGAGGCACAGGAAAGAACGAACAGGCUCGGAUGCUGGCUCGCAGUUGGGCGCCACGGACGAUGAUGACCAGGGCUCACUCACCUCCGAUGCUGACAGUUCGGUGGCUUUAAGCAGUCGAAACAACAAUGGCCGUGAUGGAGCAGCAACAGUGGAAGGCUGGGGCGAAGCCCCUCGACAGACAGCCGUGUCUUCAGACUCUAAGGAAGCUGACUACCUCAAGGAGUUCCCACUAGAAAUUCCUGCAGUGCUGAAAUCGGUACUUGAGCGAGAUCACUUCUUCAUCAAGGAAAAGAAUAAGUUGGUGCAGCUGCCAUGUCCCCCGGCAGCGCUGACGGUGCUUGAGAGCUACGUGGUGUUCUUCGCGUCACGGUACCUCGCGCGGACCAGCGAGCGCCGCCGCAGCGAAACACGGCUCAAGGAUAAGGCUUACCUCACGCUCGGCCUGUGCAAGGAGGUGAUGGACGGCCUGCGCGUGCUCUUUGACUUCCACCUGAAGAGUCACCUCCUCUACACUGAAGAGGCCCACCAGGCCGCCUCCCUCGCCUCGUCUCAGCCUCCGCCCUACCUUCUCAAGUCCUCACUUGCUGCCUCACCACCCAGAUCGACUGAUGAGAGCAGUGCCAAGGAGGAGAUAAAAGCAAAACUGCCCGAUGACAAAUCUCAUGACCCCGGCGGCCGGCGUCUCACGCGCUCCAGUGGCGGCCGCGCCACCGUAGCGUCCGCUGAGGCCCCAGUGCCGUCACCCUACACAUGUGACUCAGGACGGAGCACUCCUGUGACGACGAGCAGCAGCAGCGGCGUUGCUCAGCAACAACAGCAGCAAGCAACUGCAGGGCUGACGACGAGCGGUAGUGUGGUGAGUAACAGCGUCGGUGCUUCGACCGCCACGUCGCUUUCCUCCCUGGGGCCGCUGUCGCAUGACCUGCUGCAGUGGACGCUCCUCCCCUCCCAGCAUCGUCAUGCUGGUAUCCCCAUUCUCCUCUAUGGGCCUCUGCACCUGCUCAGGCUCUUCGUGAAGUUGCCGGAAAUCGUGUACAGGAUGAACUUGUCACCGGAGAAGCGGAAGAUCGUGUUGAAGCAUCUGCAGCUGUUCUUGGAGUAUUUAGAAGUGCACAGCCAGGAGUUCUUCUCAGAAGCCCUCUACAUAAACAACGCUGCCGAAAAGUGUUGAAAAGAUGAGAUGAUUUAUCUUAGCUGGCUGUGAGAGUAGUUAAAAUUUGAAGGCUGCGAGCCCCCAACAGUAUUUGAAACACCGGACGUUGGUGAUAUUUUUCGACGAUUUUAUGUAGAAGUUUUUUUUUUACAUUCAUCUAUUGCGUUCCUUUUCAACUAUACUGUUGCUUACUUGAGCCACAUUUUCUACUGGCUUCUUCCACGUCCACAUCCAUAUUAAGUAUUGCCCAGAGUAGGGAGUGCGGCCUCGCUGGCCACAGUCUCUGCCAUGCGCUUAUUAACAGGGCUAUGUUGCUCUCGAUUGCCUGUAUUAUUUAAUAACUAUGAUUUAUAAGUGUUUGUGUGACCCACGUCGUACCUGAAAUAAAAUAUAGAUUUCUGUCUUGUCGCUCUUCCAGAAAAAAUCAGUGCUUGUAUUAAUUACAUGUUUUUUUAUUGUGUACAUACAUAUAUAAAUAGUCAAUAUAAAUAUCACUUCGGACCGGCAAUAAACGUUUCACUCUGAAUAUUCUCGCCUUGGAGUAAUGUUUGAAUGAUUUCGAAACGUUAACGAAGUUCCCUGGAACCAUUGCCUUUCUGGGUCUGGAUUUCUCCGACUGCAUUUGCUCAUGAAGGCUAAUUAUGUGAGGGCGCAACAACGACUUAGAGUUCAAUUGUUAAUUUGAACAUAGACAAGGUAAUGCGCGACAAGACUGUUGAAAUGCAAAUAUUCUAAUGAUCAUGUUAUAUAUUAGAGAGCGUCAUUUCACUCGUUUCUCGUGUUAUCGUCGACUGGAAUCGACAAUCGUUGUAUCCGACAACGCCGUUGAGAAGUGAUGCCAUAGGUCCAAUAAAAUGCUCGUCUCGAAUGAAA